CAAGUUGGUCGGCCUUCUCUACCCGACACAUGCCGUCGACGUUUUUGGGACUGAUGACCGCGAUCGAACCUACGACCUCAGCGAUUAAAGUCACAUGCUGAAGCCACUAGACAGACAGCACUGCUGUAUACUGCUACUACUCAACAAUAAUUAAGGGGGCGCCUGCGCGGCUCCGCCUUCCGCCCGCCCUAAUGCUGGAUAUAAGGGCCGGAUACAGCACUUUUGCCGCUAGAACUUGUUGCACUUUCGAGCUUUACCACUUUGGUCUUACGUCGCGUCGGUCGAAAAACUCGAGACACAAUGUUGAGCAAGAGGUUCCUAUUUGCGUUGGGCGUUUUGGUGGCAGCUGCCUGCAUCGAGGCGAGGGAGGAAGGCCCUCAUGAUAUGGCGGAUGCACUACGUAUGCUGCAAGAGCUUGACCGGUACUAUACACAGGCUUCUAGACCGAGGAUUGACCGCCGUGACGUAGCGGCAAUGGAUCGGGUCGACCCAGACUUGUUAGAUCGUGCUGUGCGGCUCCUACAGCUGCAGAAACUAGACCGCAUUUACUCCUACCACACCCGACCAAGGUUUGGAAAACGAUCGGAGGCUUAUUCGAACUGGGGAAAGGAUCUUGAAAAGCCAGACUUACCAGCCUGGUUGACAUACGCUAGAAGGAGAUGAGAGAUGCAAUUGGUCACCUCAGCUUAAUCCAUCACGGAACUUUACUACAAUGCUGCUCUGCUGAUCUUUAUUUACUUAGAUCUUUUAUUAAAGAAUUGAUGUUCCUAUUUUUGUUCCAUUAAGUAGUCUAUGUACUAUGUAUAUUGUUAUUGAUGUACUACAUUCAACGUAAAGUUUGAAAUAUAAGCAAUUCGAAUAUUAAA